GUGAAACGAGAUCAUCGUCUCGUCAAUCGCACGGCCCUUUUUCGUGCUUUACCCCACAACGAACGCACGGCGCCUCUGUGCUUCCUUCCUUCCGUCCCUCUCCUUCUUCCUCGCCCUCCAUCCAUCCAUCCACAGCCUCCCGUCUCCAUGGGUCUCCUGUCCAACAGGGUCGGGAAGGAGACCCUGAAGGCGGGGGAUCACAUCUACUCGUGGAGGGCCGCCUGGGUCUACGCGCAUCAUGGAAUAUACGUGGGCGAUGAUAAGGUGAUCCAUUUUACCAGAGGAAGGGACCAAGAGGUCGGAACUGGAACAGUCAUUGAUUAUCUUCUUGUGAGUUCUGGCCCUGCUAGGAGCACCACACCAUGCUCGGUAUGCAGCAGCAACGAAGCCACCGCCGCCACAGAGACAAAUGGUGUGACGUCCUCCUGUCUCAGCUGUUUCCUCUCAGGGGGUGCCCUCUACCGUUUCGAGUAUGCUGUCAACCCGGCCCUUUUCCUUGCCAAGGCGCGAGGAGGGACUUGCACGCUUGCUGCCACUGAUCCCGAUGAGGUGGUUGUCCGCCGUGCCAACUACUUGUUGAGCAAUGGUUUCAGAUGCUACAGCCUGUUCAAGAAUAACUGCGAGGAUUUCGCGAUAUACUGCAAGACUGGUCUGCUUGUGGCUGAGCAAGGUAGCGUCGGGCUUGGCCAGAGUGGGCAGGCUGUCUCCAUCAUUGGCGGGCCUCUUGCUGCUGUGGUUUCAACCCCUUUCCGCCUAGUAACCACGAACAUCUACGGAAUGGUGGUGAUGGCUGUCGGGGUAUACUGUGUCAGCAGGUAUGCUGGCGACAUUGGCAACCGUCGAGACGUGCUGAAAUUAGAGGUGGAGGACCUGACAGCCGGACUCGCAAGCGGCCGGAUUCGUCCGGCGAACAUCAGUCAGCUGGCAACUCCAGGACAAGUCCAAGCUCCGGCUGUGACCACACUUGUUGCUGCUUAGAAUGCAGCACUGCUGUUGUAAAAUCUGGAGAUGUAUACAUCACCUUCACUACCAUGUAUUUUCCAAGAUCGUUGUCGAAACCUGCUAAAACUAUGCAAAGAGUGAACUUCCCAUUCGGCAAUAGCUGUAUCAAGAGUGUCGUGUCUACUACGAUUGUGUAUGGUUUGUCUAGUAUUGUAUGAAGAUUGAAGACUGCUGUGGCUUUACACGGAUUUGUACAAAGAUUUUCGCUCCUGUCUA